AUGCUUGCUGCACACACGCGCCAAGCAGGUUCCCCAGGUGGUGUAUCAGGCCCGACUCUGAUGCAAACCCUGGUCAACAUCGCGGCGCCCAAGUUUUUCGACGAGCUGUUCCGCCGCAUGAUCCCCGCGUUUUUCGACGCCGCCACCACCGCCGUCAAGGGCGCCAUGUCCAUGGGCAGGAACCUCACAGACACCCUGGGUAACUUGGACGAGAAGUACAUUGUGGCACAUCUGGACCUCAUGGACGGAGUUGGGGAUGAGGAACUGGAACAGCAGGACCUUCUGGAAGACGACGUUUCCUUCAGGGACGCCGUUUUCCGAGCCCUGGACGCCGCCGCAGUCGAGGUACAGGAGUGA